UUCUCUAACCCAUUCGCAAACGGUACUUCUAUUUCUCAGGCGUGAUUGUUUUCAGUAAAAUAAAGUCUCAAAGUAAAAUGUUUUCCCUGUUAAAUCACUUUACCCAAUUUAAACCCGUAAGUAGUUUUACGAACUCAACGUUCAGGCUCCUAUUGUCUUCUUCAUCUUCCAAGCCCAAACAUUUUACAACUUAAAUACCAUCACCCACGCAUAUUCCUCUUCGACGGCGGCGUCUCCUCGGGAGUUUAAGAAGGCAAAGUAGCAAAGAUGCAGCAGAGAUUGUCGGCAUCAGGGAGGCCUUCUGGUACAGAUGGCUACGAUUUCUCAUAUCGGAUGGUUGUUGAUUCCCGAUAUCAAAAAGUAGCUCGUACAAAGUCUAUUCUGCGUUCGUUUUUCUUAGUUCAGGCUAUCACACUAUUGUUGGGGCUAGUUUUGCUAAUAUUUCAAUCUGCAUCAGAGGGUUUGGCUUCCCGGGUUCUUGAAAUUUCAACUACUGCUUGUGGUAUCAUUUCAUUGAAAAUAGGAGAAUUAGGUCGGAAACGCAGCCGAGUGAACAUGUUGAGAUUUUUUAUGGUUGCAUCUUCUAUCGCUGUCUCAUUAUUAAUGUUUUGUGCCAUUCGGAAGUGUUCAGGAUUCAUGGCUGCCAAAAGCCCAAGUUUCUGGGAAACAAUUUUGGAGCUUCCUGAGGUGGCCCUUGCUGUUGUGGGACUGGUGUUUCAUCUAUUUAUCAUUGGCUACACAGUUCAUCUCAUUGCUAACAUGUCUGUCCCUAAGAGAGCUUCGUAGCUUGUAUAAAUAUAGCUGUCACAAAUACCUACAUCAGUGGUAAAGGCAAAAAUUGCUGUUUUGUUCAUUGCCUUAAAACUUCAUUUCCAACACCCAGAAAGCACUUAUAACAGUGAAAUUGUUAGGGUUGAUUUUAUUUCCAUUGAUUUAUGAAUUAAGCAAACUAAGCAUAAUCUUUUGAAUUGUUUUAAAUGAAAGCAAAGGUUAUUAUUCCUACAAUUUCCUACAA